CCCCAGGAGCGGCGGGAACGGGCGCUGGGGGUCCUGACCUACCUGGGCCAAAGCGCGGCCGAAGCUCAGACCAAACCCCCCUGGUACCUGAGAGCACCCCCCAAAUUGGGGGAGGGGUCCCGGGAGGUGCAGGGGGGGCGCAAAUCCCUCCUGGAUCCUCUGCAGGAAAUGAGGAAGGGGCUGAGAAAAAUCCCCGAGCCCGAAAAACCCCCCCGGAGCCCCCCCGGGAACAGCCCCGAGAGGGGAGGGGGAGGAGGGCUGGAGGAGCUGCGGCGUCAGCGUUUGAUCCGCGAGGCCKCCGAGGCCGCCCGGAGCCGGGAAUUGCUGAGGAAAAAUGACCCAAAAUCCCCAAAAUUCACCCCAAAAUCCCCAAAAUCCCCCCGGGAGAGGGAACAGCCCUACAACAGCCAAUUCCAUCCCAAAUUGGGGAGAAAAAAAUACACCUGAGACCCCAAAAAUAUCCAAAAUAUCAUAAAAAUAACCCAAAAAUCAUCAAAAUCACCCCAAAAUUCACCCCAAAAUCCCCCAAAUUCACCCCAAAAUCCCCCAAAUUCACCCCAAAAUCCCCCCGGGAGCGGGAACAGCCCUACAACAGCCAAUUCCAUCCUAAAUUAGGGAGAAAAAAAUACACCUGAGACCCCAAAAAUACCCCAAAAUCCCCCCAAAUUCACAAUGGACUGUUCCACCUCAGACUGGUGGGGGAGGGGGCCCAAAAAACCCCCCUGAGACCCCCAAAAUCCACCCAAAACCCCCCCAAAAUCCACAAUGGACUGUUCCACCUUGAACUGAUAUGGGAGGGGACCCAAAAAAACCCCAAGAACCCCAAAAUUCACCAAAAUCCACCCAAAUCCACAAUGGACUGUUCCACCUCACACUGGUGGGGGAGGGGGCCCAAAAAAAAAACUCUGAGACCCCCAAAAUUCACCCAAAACCCCCCCAAAAUCCACAAUGGACUGUUCCACCUUGAACUGAUGUGGGAGGGGACCCAAAAAAACCCCAAGAACCCCAAAAUUCACCAAAAUCCACCCAAAUCCACAAUGGACUGUUCCACCUCAGACUGGCACAGGGGGGGCCCAUAAAACCCCCCUAAAACCCCCCUAAAACCCCCAAAAUUCACUCAAAAUCCCCCCCAAAUCCGCAAUGGACUCUUCCACCUCAGACUGGCACAGGGGGGGACCCAAAAAUCCCCCCUGAGACCCCCAAAAACUCCCCAAAAUCCACAAUGGACUGUUCCACCUCACACUGGCGCAGGGGGGACCCAAAAAUCCCCCCUAAAACCACCAAAAUUCACCCAAAAUCCCCCAAAAUCCCCCCCAAAUCCACAAUGGACUGUUCCACCUCACACUGGUGGGGGAGGGGGACCAAAAAAA